GGGCUCUGUUCUUCCGUGUGUGUGCGCUCCCGCUGGGUCCGCUUCCUGCGGAGAGAAGAGGGGGAGUCUUUACUGCCUACGAACCCCGGCGUCUGGGGCGGAACGCGCUCGCUCGCUCUUCUGCACCUGCGGGUUCCUCAAGAUGUCAACCUCAGUCCCACAAGGCCAUAACUGGACCCGCCCGGUGAAGAAGGAUGAUGAAGAAGAAGACCCGCUGGACCAGCUGAUCACCCGCUCUGGCUGUGCUGCCUCCCACUUUGCAGUGCAAGAAUGCAUGGCCCAGCACCAGGACUGGCGCCAGUGCCAGCCGCAAGUGCAGGCUUUCAGGGAUUGCAUGAGUGCACAGCAGGCAAGACGGCGGGAGGAGCUGCAGAGGAGGAAAGAGCAAGCCAGUGCUCAACACUGAGACCUUUUACAUCACACACAGUGGACCUGAUGAAAUCAGCACGCAGGGAGACCUGGGAAGGAGAAACCCCAAGUAAUAGGAGUGUGCUCCAGGAGGUGUAAAAUCUGGGGACAGACUUUGGGACUAGGAUUGACAGCCAGACACCAUGAGGUUGCAAACGACAGUCACCAUGAGCUGAUCUAUGGUCAGAUUACACAUAUCCUCACCUUUCUUAUUCUACCAAUAUUUGUGUUUACAACACUUCCCCCACCCUACCUGUCAGAGUCUGUGUGCCAAGUACUUUAUAAGUACAUACACAACUAAAGAUAAACGGGUUGCCCAAUCAGG